AUGGAGAGAUUUCGCUUCCAAAAUCCCUUCACCAGGCGAUAUCAACGCCCACAGCAGAUCUACGACGAUAUUCCCAUGCGCAAUGACCUAUCAGCAUACACUCAUGAUCCAAAACACAGUGUAACUUUCGGAAGUUCAAUCAAAGACGUUGUUGAUGAGCCUAGAUACAAUGGGCCCACGAACACCGAAUGGAAUCCUCUCGCCUUGAGCCGGCCAGUACUCCUCACCUUUGCUCUGCUUGCAGCGGCAGUCGUUGCGACCCUAGGGGGGAUCUACAGUCGGUCACAGACAUACCAAGGAAUCGCUGAGACUAACGACAACUUACAUUACCUUUGGACCUAUGGGCCGACGGCCUUUCUGAUACUGUUCACUGUUGGCUGGCGUCAGGUGGACAAUGCCAUAAAAUCUUUGCAACCAUGGGCGGAGAUGGCACGUGGGCCUGUCCCAGCAGAAAGAAGUCUUCUACUCGAUUAUAUCACACCCUUUCAAGCAACAACCCUGUGGCGUUCGGUGCUCGCUGGCCACUACGGCGUUGCGUUAUCCGUCAUAAUUUUCUUUCUCACCAAGGUCCUAACCAUAGUCUCAACAGGCUUACUAACUCUACAACCCAUCCGUAUCGACUCCAUCCGAACCACUAUAUCAUACGACACGAUCUUCGAUGGAGCAAAUUUCGCUAGUGGGUCAGUUGUCGACACACGACCUGCGUACGCCCUGUAUGCCAUUCAAGCCUUCAAUACUAGUUACCCACCAGGAACGAAUGAUAUGUACGCCGUCCAAAGGUUUUCUUCUCUAUCAGGAAAUACCAGCGACCUCCAAUCCUUCACUGCAACGCUGGAGGGCUUCAGCUCAAGUACCAAAUGCGAAUCUGGAUCGAUGAACUUCACAGUCGGUCAUGACAAUCAGAACAGCAUAGCUCCAGUAUCCAGCUACUGGAAUACCACUAUAUCUCUUCCGGGAUGUGAAAUUUACGAGGCUUUUCUGGAUGCCUAUCCAUGGAUGUACAACACUUCAGAUGAGAAUCCAGAGCCAAGAUACGGUUACUCUGCAAGCUUUCAAGCGGCGAAUUGCUCAAAUCUUGAGAACGAGGAUCCUUCAAAAUGGAGAUUUUUAGUCACGGCUUUGCACGUCAAGGGUACGGGACAGAACGACAAUGAGAUCCUAGAAUCUUCAAACCUUGUUUGUGUGCCGGAGUACAGCAUCGGGCCAGUUACAGUCACGACUGAUUCAAUGAAUAACAUUAUCAAAGUCGUGCCUGCGAGCGAGGACUCUCGUCAACUCGCCGGAGUUUCAGCUGGGGACCUUACCAAUGGCGUUGAAAGUACUGUCAAGUUGUCUACCCAAAUUGACUUCGAUCCUGAUCCUGAAAACUCUGUCUUGGAUGCUUUCAUGCGGCUUGGUGCCUCGGAGAUGGGAAUUUUGGAGCCAAAAGAUCUCCUUGAUCGGGAUACCCUCGAAAGUCUAAGCAAACGCACAUUUCAAAGACUGGCGGCUCAAAUAGCCAAUACUUUCCUCACAACAACAGUUGCAGAUUAUGGCAAUUCGGCUCCACUGUCAGCCACAAAAUCACAAAGUGAAUCUCGACUCGUGGUCCGCGAACUACCGACGAGGAUAAUGCAAGGCUUGGCAGCUGCAAUAUGCCUCCUUACGGUGAUGGUCACCUUUCUCGUUCCCCGAGGAGUCGUCCCGCGGAACGUUGAUGCGAUUGCUCCCUUGGUUGCAAUCAUGGCUCGAAGUCCAGCAUUACAAAGACAACUGCGGAUGAUUGGCCACCUUGAUAUGAAAGAUUUGCGUAAUGUCCUUUCCCAGUACAAUUUUCAAACUCUCGUGGAUGAACGAACAGGUGUACGUGCUUUCUCGAUUCAAGGUAUUCCUAAGAAUUCUGUCCGCUCGAGCACUCAGCACAUGGAAAGAUCUCGCACGCUAGAAACUUUUCGGUGGUGGCGUCCUUGGGUCCUCACCCGUCGUGCCAUGUCAGCUUGUUUGAUAUCGCCCAUUGCCGUCAUCAUUGCUCUCGAGAUUACUUAUCGCAAGUCGAAUACCAAUCAAGGCCUUGCAGAUGUUGAUGCCGAAUCUUUAACAAGGUAUGCGUGGAUCUAUGUGCCGACGUUGGUGGUAGUACUGAUUGGUACACUCUAUAACUCUAUGGAUUUCGAGUUGGAGUUGUCUGCAGCCUACUAUGCGCUUUCCAAAGAAUACUGCGAUGCUAAAUCAAGCAUGUUUCAAAAGCAGUUCCGAGGCAUUGCUCUCCAAAGUGUAUGGUUGGCACUACGAAAUCGCAAGUUCGCACUUGCCGCUGCUUCUGUAUCAAUAAUACUGUCACCAUUGCUUACGAUCGUCGUGAGUGGCCUAUUUAUACCCCAAGCUAUCACAAAUAUCACUCCCGUUGACGUCGAAAGCCUUACUUGGUUCAACACAACAGGCUGUUACGAUUGUACGUUCUACUCGAGUACAAGGGCCAAGACUAUUCCUGGGUUGAUUAUCCAGGCCAAUAUGUCAUAUCCAGCCUGGACUUAUGAUGAAUUAGCCCUUCCACAAAUCUCGUUGUCGGUUGACAAGUCGGCGGAGGCGACUAGAAAUAUCACGAACAUGAACGGUACCAUCGAUCUUACUACAUCAGCCCUCCGUGCUGGGGUGAACUGCAGUCUUGUCCAAACAGACCAGAUCCACGAUGUCGAACUAAACAUCACUGAACAAAGUCUUAUGAUAAAUUGGACAUAUUCUACCUGCAAUGAAAUGGUCGAGUAUACAGAAGCUCGUAUAUAUUCUUGGGAUGAAACACCGUGGUAUAUUGGCAGCUCCCAGGCGUUGGUGGGUGACCCACCGUGUGCUGCGUUCGCUUUGACGUACGCGCUUAUCGAUGAAAACAAGGAGGUAAAAGAUCUCGCCAUACACUUGUGCUCUGCUUCAGUUGAGAUGGUUCAGGUGGAUGCAACAUUUGAUCUUCCAGAUUUUGCUAUCGCAUCUCCUCCAAUCGUGGACGAAAGCUCUGCCACUCACUUUUCUGAUUGGUACGAUCUAUCCCCGGAAUAUGGGAAUCUCAAUGUCACAAAGGGUGGCGACAUCGAUAGUGUGUUCAGUGCCAUGAUCGCUGGGAAAUACGGUGUGCCUUUGGAGGAGCUAGCCAAUAGUACUACCAUCAUUGCCUCCUUUACAAAGCUGUACCGCACGUACGCUGCGCAGAUCUUCAACACCGAUUUCCGCUCAACUAUGGAGGACCUACCACGAAACCAGAGUCAGGCUCUAGCCAUUCCUCUCACACAGCAGGCCUCAUACACGAAUACCAACCGCGUCCGCCUCUUCCAGUCCGAAGUUUCAACGCGGAUUCUGCAAGGGCUACUCGUAGGUCUGCUCAUCUGUGGGUUGGUUGUUUUCGUUCUUAUCGACGCAAGAAAAGUCCUUUCAAAACCACUAGGCACCAUCGCCGUAACUGCCACAUUAUUGGCGAGCAGCACGCUCGUAGAUGAAAAAUCUGGCUCGGCUCCCCCGCCUGGUGCUGAAUGGUGGAGCGAUAGCGAAUGGAAGAAGCAAGGAAUCUGGGCCGACAAGUUGUUCCGGAUGGGCUGGUGGUAUGAGCAAGAGAGCAGUAUCAGAACGGCAACAAAUUCGGAAGAGGAGGAAGGUGGGCCGUUGACGGGCGCAAAUGGCACAGAAGAAUUUACGAAGAUGACGAAGGAUUUCAGAAUUGAUACCAAGCCGCCGCAGCCGACACAUCUGUAUCAGACUGCUUCUGCGGCAACAGGAGUCCUGAAUACGUACAGCGAUGGCUUCGCUCUGGACAAUACAGCUACGCCUUCAAGUAACACUUUCGACGUACCGGCACUCGACGUAGCGGCGCAAGACGCGCAAAUUUCUCCCGGACGUUCAUCGGUUUCUUUCGAUGCCAUGGUGGGCGAGUGGGGUGACUUUUUCUCUACCGUUCCAUAUCAAGAACUCGGUUUGCAGCUAAGUCCUCAAAACGAUUCUGAGGACAUCUCGGAGCGUCUCGCGGAGGCUAUGGAACCGACAUCUCAAUUUGCAUACUUUGUUAAUCAUAUGCAGUUGCCAUUCAUUGUCCCCUGGGAUGAAAGCAACUGGGCUCAUGCCAAACUUGAGAUAGCUCAGAUGGCCAGUAGCAGCCCACAAAUAUCUGCGACCUUGAUUGCAGUCGAAAAUCUAUACGAGACACUUGCCAAGGGCGGAGAGACAGCAGAUACCUUGCCUGCUUAUUUUACCGCCAAAGCAGGUUACACAUUAACCAUGAAGAAUGGCCAGCUCAGCAUAGACGAAUUGUUUGUGACAACCUUUCUUCUCUGCUGCUUCGAAGUAGUAGCUCAGCAAGAAACCAUUUCGAGCACUCUGAAGCAGAAAGACGCGCUUGUUGCCGCCCUCGAGGUAGCCCAGGAUCAAAAGCCAUGGUCCAUUCUUGUCCAACGGAUCAUUAUCUGGUUGCAUCUAUUUCACGCCAAAGCCCUACACCUUGGUGGACGUGGCAUCCUCAGUCCCAAGAUCUUGAGUCUACUUCAGGACCAGCAAAAUGCAGCUCUCUGUUUGCGUGGCUCAUCCUCCAGUACUGGUCUUGGCUUCUGUUCUGUGACGGAAUCACUGCAGCAGGGCCUCUUUCAGUUCUACUUAGAGCUACAGCGAAUAACCAUCCUUGCCGCGUCCAUGAAUCGGCAUCACCGCCCACGCGGAGCACCUGCGGUUGAAUCACAGGUCGACCGCAUCUCCUGCACCAUUGCGCGGCAGCUUGAGAACCUGUGGCAAGGCCGGCCAGCAAUCCUUGACUGCAGCACAGCCGAGCUGUCGAGAGUACUCCAGUGCUCGAAACAGGAACUGCCCCAUAUAAAUCUGUUGUCCAGCCUCUGCAAGUUGUGCUAUUAUGCUGAAAUCAUCUAUUAUUGCCGCUCCCAGGGUCGUGUGGAUACCUUGCAGAAGAAAAUCUUACCGGCACGAGAAAAAAUACGGGCACUGAUACAUGAGAUGGAGGCUGAAGCGAAGAGAGAAACCUUACUUUGCCAGCCAGCUCUGGCUUGGCCGCUCUUCCUCUACGCUGUUGAAAGUAAAAGCCAAGAAGAGGUGGCGUGGGCAUUGGGCAGAUUCCAUUCUAUACGGAACCCGCUUUGGCAUACCGAGUUUAUUGAGACGUUUGUGCGCGAUCUGACAGAGGAGCAGCUGCGAAAAGGUGAACGCGUGGACUCGCGGUUCUUCUGCGUGGAGCAGUACGGCACUGUCCCGCCUUUCUUAUGA